AUGCUCAGACCGACACUCGCCAGACGAUUAGCCCAGACGGCAAAGGAGCAGCUCUCCAAAAGCGCUCCCUUGACCGUCGCAAACAACCCCUACAAGGCUCGAAAAGUGUGGCCGCCCGACUUCAAAGAGUUGACUCACCAGCAGCAGCUCCGGUUCGAGAAGAAGUACAAGCGUCGCAUCGCCCUCGCAAACUACUCGCCGAGGUGGGACAAGGGCGUCAAGUAUGCGCAGCUCCUCACAAUUGCAGCUGCGCUUGUGUGGCUUCUCUUUUACUCCGAGUUUGAGUGGUGGGGACGGCAGUAUAAGCCAUCGGAAGAGUUGCGAAAACACGCCCAGAAUCUCUUUGGCGUGCUCGACCCGGAGAAGCGAUACGAACGCCGCAAGGACGCCCCAGAAGUGAAUCCGUCGCCGCGAACCCCCGAGUCGAAAUAA